AUGAUUCGACGGACGUUUGGUUGCUUCGUAGCGUCGAGUGCGCGCACGGGUGGAGGGUCGGCUCCCGACGCGACUCCCUCAGCCACCGCUCGCACAAACCGACUUUCCGUCCUCCACAAACUCCUUAUCGGCGAGGUGCAGUUUCGCAACCGCGCGCUGCUGAAGGUAUGCAACCUCGAGCACAGCUUCGGCGCGGGGUGGCGGUCGGAAAUCGAAUCUUACACGGCCACGCUCCCUCCCUCCGAUGCGAAUCUCCUCCGCCGGCAGCUCGCGCGGGUGGAUCUCACCCGUUUCACCACGCGCGAGCUCGCGAUGUACGGCGGGGAGGGUCCAACGCACCUCGCGAGCGUCGCCCGGGAGGCAAAUCUCGCGCAGGGAAAGGCCUUUCUCGACGCGAAGGGCGUGAAGGCGUUUGAGGCCUACGUCAAGGCGGAGGCAACGAACGCGAACUGGUCGCAGGCCGAUCGGGAUCAAUUCAUUAAGGAUGUGAAGGCUUUGAAGUAG